AACUACAGCUCCCACAAUGCGUUGCGCUUCCUCCGCUUUCCUUUCAAGAUGGCUGCGCUGAGCAAAAUUAUCCCGUUUCUGAAAAAUGCAUGGGGAAAGGAUCCAGUUGUCGUUCUCUCUUUUGGCAUUGGUUUUAUGGCUUUCGUGCUACCGUGGGUCAGUCCCUUAACAAAAUACAGCGCCAUGAUCAACCAGGCUGUACCAUAUACAUAUCCAGUUCCAGUUCGGGAUGAUGGCAAUAUGCCAGAUAUUCCCUCCCACCCUUGUGACAAGGAAGGACCAAGUCUUGAAUGGCUAAAGAACUUCUGAGACGGGCCCUUGUGAUGGAACAGGCCUAGAGAACCAACACUGAAGG